AUGUACUCUACCACAGCAUUAAGCUACAUGUCUGAACUCAUUAACGAUAAGAAUGCUGCCCACACGAAUACAAACACAAGUACAAGCGCAGCCUCGCCAGUUACACAGAUGCCCUUGGACGACACAGAAUCUCACCAAAGCCAGAAUGAACAAGUUCACAAUAUGACCAACGAGGAAUUGGAGGAAAAGAGAAGACAUGAAUUGCAACUAUUAGAACAAGAAGAGAGACGGCGAUUGUUGGCUGCUAGUAAGAAGAGAAGAAGACUCUAG